UUUUCCGAGUCCAUACCCCCGAUGUCAAAAACGAAGUCCUCUCACAGGUUCUAGUGUCUUUAAUUAUCCGAAGAACGUUUUAUUGUCCAACACCGUAAACCGGUGUUCCAUGAAUUUACCAAUAUUCCGUUCAAUGCGUUUAUCUUUUCUCGCAUUGAGAAUGUCAUAUCGGGAAAGAGGUCGCCGAUCUUUUGAUCAGGGAUAUGAUGGAGGAAGACACGGUGGAGGUGGCCAUGGAAGAGGGGGUCGAAAGUACCAGGACUAUGACAGCACUGACAAUGGAAGAGGUCGUAAAAAUUUCGACCGAGGCUUUGGUGGGAAUCACAUGAGAGGCAAUCGAAAACAUAACGACCAAGGCAAUAAUGACAGUGCAGAUAAUGGUCCUCACAGACAUCCGCCUGGCUUGAAAGGGAAAGAGAUUGGAUUAUGGUACAGUCGACGCAGUCGGGCCAAAAAGGAAAUGCAAGACAAACAGCAACGUCCAUUGAUAAAAAUGGACAGUCGGCAGGAAAAUAACAUCCGGGACAUCUUGGAUCAGUUUGGAUCCGGUCCAUCCAGCAGCUCCCACCCUCAUCAGUACCACCCCAGUUCUCACCACACCACCAGCAUCAGGGAUUGCCGUGACAACAACAGAACACAGAAAACCUCGUCGGACGACUGGUUCAACAUGGAUUCAGCCCAUGAGGAGGAGACCAAACCCAACAGCAGUAAGUCAUUGGAAUCUCCUGUUUGGCACACCUCGCCUUCAAGAAUCAAGGAAAAUGCUUAUAACAAGGACAGCAACAACGACGAGGAUGAAAUUGGUCAUGAUGACAAUGAUAAUGUUGAAAUGUCAUCGCAGUUGACAGAGAGAACCAACAGCUGCGACAUAUUGGCUUCUGUCACAGAAGUGAUGAAGUUUUACAAAGAAGAAACCGAUUAUGGAAUUGAUCCAACAUCAGAUGACUUUGUGCCAAGUUCCAGUAUCAAACACAAUCCCUUGCUGGAUGCAGCAUACCAGAAGGACAUCCAAGAACGGUCAAAGAGUGCCAGCUACCAAAAAAUGCUUCAAUUUCGGAAGAAAUUGCCAUCGUACGACAUGAGAAAGGAACUUGUAGAUAAGAUUGAGAACAACCAAGUGGUGGUCAUUAGUGGAGAGACUGGUUGUGGUAAAACAACUCAGGUACCUCAAUUUAUCUUGGACGACUACUUAGAACGCGGAAUGGGUUCAAAGUGUAGCAUCAUCUGUACACAACCUCGCCGAAUCAGCGCCGUUUCUGUUGCUCAAAGAGUUGCCGAUGAACGUGACGUAGCAUGUGGACAGGGCAGCGAAGUGGGAUUCCAGAUUCGCUUGGAAAGGGAGCUUCCACGAGAAAGAGGAUCCAUACUGUUCUGUACGACUGGUAUUGUUCUGAAAUGGCUGGAAUCUGAUCCAUCAUUACUCCGUGCCUCACACAUCAUCCUCGACGAGAUCCACGAGCGGGACCUUCUGUCUGACUUCCUCAUGGUCAUCAUCAAAGACCUCUUGGUCACUCGGCCGGACAUCAAAGUGAUUUUGAUGAGUGCAACCCUCAACGCUGAAAUGUUCUCCAUCUACUUUGGUGGUGCCCCCAUGAUCAACAUUCCUGGAUUUACUUACCCAGUCAAAGAAUACUAUUUGGAAGACGUCUUAGAAAUAACAAAUUAUCAGCCACCUGAAGCCAAGCGUCCGAAAUGGGGCAUGAGAGGAAUGGCUAAUGCCAGGAAGGAAGAAAUGGAAAGACAGCAAAUGAAGGAUUGGAUUCGUGAGACAUUACAAGGAAGCUACAGCCCUGCCACCUGUCACUCCCUUGCUUCUAUGGACCAUAAAUUCAUUGAUAUCGAACUCGUUGUUGAACUUAUCAAGCAUAUUUGCUACAAGAAAGAGGAUGGUGCCAUUCUUGUAUUCCUUACUGGUUGGGAAGAAAUCCGAAAAACCAAUGACCUCCUCAACAAAGAUCCCACAUUCAACAGCCGUAUUUGCUACCAACACCAUCAAGAACAGCAACAGCAACAACUAGAACUUCCUUCACAAGCCAUUUUCUCUUCUCUUCCUCUCUUUUUAUUCCUCAGUAUUACUAUUGAUGAUGUUGUUUAUGUCAUCGAUUGCGGCAAAAUCAAAGUGAAACAUUUUGAACCAGAGAAAAAUCUAACGUCGCUUGAACCCCAACUGGUGUCCAAAGCAAAUGCUAAACAGCGCCGGGGACGAGCAGGCAGAGUGCAGCCAGGUGAGUGUUAUCACCUGUAUUCCACAUUUACUGAGUCAAUACUGGAUGACUAUCUCCUACCUGAAAUGUUGAGAACACGGCUAGAGGAACUCUGCUUACAAAUUAAGUUAUUGAAGUUGGGAAAAAUUAUUCCAUUUGUGGAGAAAGCAAUCCAGACUCCAUCAUUACAAGCAUUAAACUCAGCCAUCAAAAUCUUACAAGACCUGAAUGCUCUCGACCAGGAUGAAAACCUCCUGCCUCUGGGUAAACACUUGGCCCGCAUGCCUGUGGACCCACAUUCCGGGAAGAUGAUCCUGUUUGGUGCCAUGUUUUGUUGCCUCGACCCCAUCCUCACGGUUGCCGCCAGCUUAAGCUUUAAAGACGCUUUUGUUGUCCCAUUGGGAAAGGAAAAAGCAGCGGAUCAACAGCGGAAGAUGUUGGCAGAAGGAAGCAAGAGCGACCACAUUAUGUUAAUUAACGCAUACAAGGGCUGGAGAAAGUCUGUAGCUGCACGUUAUGAUUACUCCUACUGUCACCAGAACUUUCUCUCUUUCAACACACUUAAGCUGCUGAAAGAGAUGAAGGGUCAGUUUGCAUCCUUGAUCCAUCAACUUGGCUUCAUAUCACAACCAAAUCCAUCAGAGAGAACUGCUAACAGAAAUUCUGAUAACCUGGAGUUGAUCAAAGCCAUUAUUUGUGCCGGUCUUUACCCAAACGUUGCCAAAGUACAGAAACCUUCAAUGGGGAAAAGACCCACCUUACUACAGACCAAGAUAGAGAAGAGGGUCUCUCUCCACCCGAAAUCUGUCAAUUCCACGGAAUCAGUGUUUGAAUCAAAAUGGUUGAUUUACCACCAAAUGUUGAAGACGUCGGGGAUCUACCUCCAUGAUUGUACCAUUAUCUCACCCUACCCACUUCUAUUCUUUGGUGGACCAAUAGGCAUCAAAAGGGAUGGUGACCAAGACUGCAUUACGGUGGAUGAAUGGAUUGUUUUCCAGGCCUCUCCAAAGACAGCAGCUCUUGUGAAGGCAAGUAUUUCUAUCAUCAUCAUCAUCACCAUCACGUAUACGCAAGAUUGCUAAGCAUAAUCAUGUGGUUGAAUGAGGAGCAGGGAGGAUUACAGGUAAGAUCACCGCCAUCAAUUUACCAUGAGGAAA